AAAAUUAGAAAAUAAAACGGUAAGGAAAGAAAAUGCUUUCGUCCCAAAAAGCGAAGGUAUUGUUUUCCGCUUUAGUUGUUUCUGCCAUUGUAUUUUCCUCUAUUUUCAGUCUCCGAGUCAGACUCAGCUGAGGGCGAUCGUAAGUAACUCACCAGUAAGUUUCUUCUCUUUCUUUUUUAAAAGAUUAAUAAAGAGAGUGAUAAUGAGGAACUAGAAUUUCUAAAAAUGGAGAAACAUCUUGUUUUUGCACCUCAGAUUGAUACAUUAGUUUCUUCAUACCUUCUAUUAUUAUAUCAAUUAUUUGAACUUUAGAAAAGGUAAUAUGAAAAGAAAAUUAUGUAUGCAUUUUCAAAAAACAAUAAAUUCGUUAUUGUUACUUUCCUUUUGGUAUCUAGUUUUCUGGGGAAAGUGAAGGAAAACGACUACGUUUUCUUUAUAUAUACAGUUUUCCUUUUUGUUUUUCACUUUAUAUUUCUGGCUGAAAUUUAUUUACUAUAAAAUGAAUAAAGAUGUGAUGGCUGAUAGCUGGUAAGGGAGCAGAUACUUUCUAAAAUUUAUUUUCUGUCAUGAUUUCUAUAAAAGAAAUUAGUUUUCUUAUUUCUGUUUCUGUUUCAGUGCGGAACUACUAACUUCUGUAUGCAAAAUAAAUUUACGACUUAUGAGUAUAAUUUCAUUUCUUGAAAUGAUUCUCUUUUGAUGCAUUUCUUGUAUUUGACUUUUUUGUUGAUUGCUUCUUAUAUUUUCCGUAGGAGUAAGAACUACGAAGAGGUUGCUGGGUACCUUUCUUUUUCCCUUCUUAAGGCUAUAACUUUUGAUUUAUGGUAGAUUAGGGUUUAAUUCAAUUUUUUUUUCAAGUAUUCAUCGGUCUCUUGUGGGUCUCAGUCAGGGACCUACUUUGUGGGAUUGCCCGGAUAAUUGAAUUAUUGAAGUGAAUUAUUGAAGAUGUGAAAUUUUUUAGAGUACGGUAACAUCAGCGAAGUUUAAUCGUCAGAUUUUUUUUUUUCUUUUACCCCUUGAAAACUGUUACUGCUUCCUAUAAUAAUUGGUGAGAGAGAGCCUAUUGUUAAUGGUGCAAAAACCUGGUAGUUAGUUUCCGAUGGGUUGAUAGAUAAGGGUAAACUCCUCUAGGAUUUUGGUCCAAGUGUUGCAAGUUUAGGGAGCGCUUUGAUACACACACUUAUUUAUUUGGGACUGAAGUGAAACUUUUUAUCCGGAUGGUGUAGGCUUACUUAUUACAAGAGUGAACAGUGAGAUCCUUUGGAAUUAUGCUAUUAACAUGUCAUUGUCUGCAGAAUGAAAGGAGAAAAGCUGUACUACUUUUCUUGCUCCGAAUUUUUAGACCUAAUCCAUGAUUUUUUUGCAUCCUUGGUUAAGUUAUCUGUUUUAGAAAGAUGGAAAUUGAUAUCUGCGUAAAAACUUGCUUGGCUUGAAAAUUGGUUGCUAGUUUAGUUCAACCUCUCUGAUAUUUGUUGCAUUUUUCAGUGAAGCAUAUUUAAAGUGUCAUCAGCAAAUGCUUUUAGCGAAAAAAAUUGGGGAAGGGGUGAACGAACUAUUGUUAUGUUAAAGUGGAUUGACAUUUUUCUAAGUUGCACUCCUCUAGAUCUGAAAAACAGAGAUGAUUGGACUCUGAUGCUGUUGGAUGUAUAGGAUCUGGUGACAGGUUGCUUCUGUUUUAUAUGAAGACUGUGCUUAGUGUUCUAUGAGUUUUAUCUCUCCGAUGGAUUGGAAUGCCAAAACGCCUUUGCAAUGGGACUGGGAAAACUUGAUGAUGUUAAAUGCAACACCAACUGAAAUUCCAAGGAAGCUCAGACCUGAACAGUGGGAUAUUGAUGGAGAGGGAGGAAUGAACUCUGGGUCUUUCUAUUCUUCUGUUGCUGCUGGAGGUAGUGGUGGUUCUGCCUCAGAUUUGGGCCUUGCUUCUUUGUCUAAAAGUUCAAAAUCGGCAUCUAUUAAUUCUUCUUCUAUGGGGGAGGUAAAAAUGACCAAAUUUACUUCGGAAGCCUUUGAAGCUAUCCCAGAUGAUAUUAGCAACCAGAACGAAGCUUUCAGGGCUGAGCUGGCUGGUACUUCCCCAACACUUGAGGCUUCAGUUGGCUCUGGUGAGCCAUUGCUCAGUUUAAAGCUUGGUAAACGGACAUACUUUGAAGAUGUUUCUGGGGGAAGCAAUACUAAGAAUUUAUCUUAUUCUUCCACUUCUGGACAAUCUCCUGCGCAAGCAAAGAGAUCUAAACCCAAUUGUCAGGGCAUACAUGUUCUGCGUUGCCAAGUUGAAGACUGUAACUUUGACCUCUCCUCAGCAAAGGAUUACCAUCGGAAACACAGAAUUUGUGAAAGUCAUUCAAAGAGUCCAAAGGUCAUUGUACAUGGUCAGGAACGCCGGUUCUGCCAACAGUGUAGCAAGUUCCAUGGCCUGUCGGAGUUUGAUGAAAAGAAGAGAAGUUGUCGCCGGCGCCUUUCUGACCACAAUGCAAGACGCCGUAAACCACAGACAGAAGCAUUCCACUUCAGUGGUACAAGAUUUUCAUCUUCACCAAAUGAAGGGAAGCAACAGAUGAGUUUCAUCUGGAAUAAAGUGCCAUUUCUUCAUAAUGCUAGACCCAAUGAAAUUUUUACAUGGGAAGGCACAUUUGAUUCCAAGUCCUCUCAAAUGAAAGGUUAUACAUCUACAAAAGUUGGAAAUAUUAAUGGACAGCCAAACCUCUCUGGCAAUGAGCUUUUGAAUUCCAUCACAAUGCGAUCUCAUGAUUCCAAUGGAUUCCUGCCCACCAAGGGCAAGCAAAGUACAGAUGACAUUCUCAACCAAGGUGUAGAAGAAUCCAGAGUUGAUUCAAACGUGGCUACGACGCAAGAUCUUCAUCGUGCUCUCUCUCUUCUGUCAAACGAAUCCUGGGUUUCUUGUGAGCCAAAACACGGUUCAAUUGCAUACCCCAUGCAUGUCAACCCUAGUACCAGUAUGUCUCAGCCAGCUAUGAAUGCAAGUUCACGAGGAUUUCCAAGUGCCUUAUCUGAAAACUGGCAGAUGGAACAACAGACAACUGAAUCUCAAGUGCAUAAUGGUGAUGGUGACAACCAUUUCCAAGAGUUCCAGCUGCUCAAGGCUCCCUAUUAUAGUGGCUUUUAUUCCAAUCAAUGAGCUGAAUGAGUGCGCUCAAUUCAGCCAAUUUGAAAUUUGUGAUCCCACACUCAAAGCUUAAACAAUGUUUUGUUUUGGUAGGAACUCUCGGAUAUUCCAGUUUGCUGUUUUUCUUUUUCUAAAAAAGAAAAUAUCAUUUGCUUUUACAA